AUGGUCACUGCAAUCACUUCAGCUAAUCAAUUCAAUCAGGCUAUCAACCAAGAUAAACUAGUUAUCGUUAACUUCUUCGCCACAUGGUCUGGUCCAUCAAACGUGUUUUCUUCAACCUUUGAAAAAUUUGAAAGAGAAUACACUAAUGCUUUCGAUGUUGAAUUUCUUAAGUUAGAUGCUGAUGAAUUAAAUUCAAUUGUUGAUGAGCAAGGAAUUAGAGGUUUCCCAACUGUUAUUUUUUAUAAAAAUGGUUCAGUUGUUGAUAAAGAAAUUGGUGGUAAUCCAAGAGCAGUCCAAGAAAAAAUUAACACCCUUGCUGAGGAAUACAAUUAA